AUGGUACAGGUGGGGGAUUGUGGCUGGCACUGGGCCAGUGAGGUCAUGAUCUACUGCACUCCUCCCUCCUCCCCGAACUUGACAAAUAACCCGCGGGUAACGGGUGCAGGACGAGGCCUUGGGCGAGAGAUCUGUCUGCGGCUAAUCAAGGAAGGCGUGAAGCUGACGUGUGUCGACGUUUCGCUGUCGACAGCCGAGGAGACGGCGGCGCUAUGCAACGCAACAAGGCCGGGGAGCGCGACAGCUGCGUACUGCGACAUCGCUGACAAGCAACAGGUAUCGAAGCUUGUGGAGCAGGUCCCUCCUGUGGAUAUUCUCAUUAACAACGCCGGUAUCGUAUCCUCGGCCAGCAUCCUCGAGGUCACUGACGAGCACAUCGAGCGGCUGAUGCAAGUCAACAUAUUGUCACAAUUUUGGGUGAGUUUUUCAUACCAAUAUUCCUUUUAUUUGAACCAAUGUAGAGACAUUAAGAAGAAUGUAUGA